AUGGCUGGGCAGGAUACGACUCCUCAUCCACCGAAAGCUCUCCUCAGGGAGAGGGAUCGCGUGGCGGUAUCCAAGUAUUCUGGGUGGGAGAUCGCAUAUGGCCAAGUGGUACUCCAGCAGCAUCCAUUAAGCUCAAGCCAUCCGCGACAUCCCGGACAACAGGACGUUGCAGCAUACUUUCCACAUGGAGAGACAGCUGCAACAAACAUCCUGGUUGGCCAACUGGCGUUUCUGUCACACGUCAAGGCCUACGAAGACAGCCACCCAGGAACUCAGAUUCUUCAGCCGCGACUGGUCUGGAAGUAUGAGCUCCUUUUGUUGCUGUCUUGGAUGUCUCAGAGUCUCAGUGCCACCGAGCUGGACGAGCUGUCUCGGGACAUCACCGAGGUUUCAAGGUUGCGCCACGAGCAUGGAAGCUGGGCGGUUCGAGUUGCAACAGACGUCUAUCUGCCAGUUCGAUUGGAAUGCGUGAAAGUUCUUCGUCAUGGCCAACUCCAAGGACCAGGGACGGUCAUCAAGUAUGGCAGCUACGUGUUCUACGCCAAGUUGGGCGUCGAGUCCUUCUUUGCCCACGGUCACGAGCUGCACGACCCUGGCGGCUUGCGCUAUGAGAAGAAGGCUCUUCGCACGAAGAUGGAACCUCAGCCUCUGCUUCUGCUUCUGCGCCGGGAGGCUCUCCUCAACAAAAGGCCCAAGGUGGCUACAGCCGCCGAUGCAUCGCCCACCAAGGGAAACUCUUUUGAGGGAGAGGUACCAGAGGCCCUUCGCAAGAUCAUUCGCGAGAAUGGGCUGUUAACGAGGCGAAGGAACAAACAGGGCACUCAGUCUGAAGGCACCACCAGAUAUGCCUACGAGGCAGGAGACACAGUUCAUGGGAAGAUGGAUGCGCGCAGGGCCCAGCAGGAAGAAGAGCUCAGGCAAGUUCUCCGAAAAGCCAGGACGAACCCAUGGCAUCUCUUCGGCCAUGGUCUCCUGCACCGAGUCGAUCAGGCGGGCAACAAAAUGUACUCUACCUAUGGCGACGCUCUCAAAACAACGCCGUGGGACAGCUUGCCGGCAAAGACACGGAAGCUUCUUGGGGGGAACUACAUCUGGGCCACGUGGUUGCAACACCCCAUGUCGGGGUACGGCAUCCACUUCUUGUUGAAGGUUUUUGAACUCGGCAAGCUCCAGGGCAAUUACCUUGUUGAAUUCUCUCACAAGCCUCAUGUCUACUCGCAAGGCUAUGUCUCGCCCAGAGUCGAUGAUACUGACUAUGCGGCCAAGCUCGCGGUAUACCCGGUAUACAAUGCUGCCAAUGCUUUGCUCAAGGCCCUCAAGCAGACAGAGGAUGAAGACAUCUCGUCCGCCUUUGCACGGAAGGCGAAGUCGGACGCGGACCUCAUAGCCUAUGAGAGCCUCAAGGCCAAACGAGCCAGAGAGCUAGAGGAGUUAGAGGAGUUGGACUGCCGUUCCCACGAGGACAUUGCUGUGGAGGAAUUCCUCGAGAAGCUCCCUGGUUCUCAGGGUGAGAUGGCUGAUUCAUCAACAAAGGACGCCACCAAUGUGCCAAUGGAGACUGAUGCAUCACCACCGGGAGAGGCAUCGGGAGCAAAGGUCGAAAAGACCGAAGGCUCUCUUCAGGGAGAGGUAACGGGUGACGUGCACAUGGGU